AUGUCUACUCUGCACGGUGCCCAGGGUGUUUUUGAGUUGCAGCGCAGCAGCUCAUUCCAAGAAGCGAAGAGACUUAAACACCAAAUUGCGCCGGAGGAAGACGAUGGCACACAGUCUCGCGGGGAUACCCCUCAAGAAAGCGACUACGACGAGGAAGAGGUGGACGAAUCGGUCCGAGAGGACAUGGUAAAGCUGGAGGACACAUUCCCUGGGAUCUCAGAUCGGUUCCGUCUGGUAAACAGGAUUGGCGAAGGGACUUUUUCCACAGUCUAUAAGGCGGAGGAUCUCCACUACGACGAAUACAAGAACGACUGGGAUAUUUUCUCGCGAGCGCAGCAAGACAACUACGCCAGCCCUCCUUCUAAACGGAGGCGAGUCGAGGGCGCAUCGGUAGAUCGCAAGAAACCCCGAUUUGUCGCAUUGAAGAAGAUCUACGUCACUAGUAGCCCAUUACGAAUUCAGAACGAGUUGGAACUGUUGCACGAUCUUCGGGGAUGCGGCUCUGUCUGCCCGCUCAUCACAGCCUUCCGACACCAAGAUCAAGUGGUGGCUGUUUUGCCCUAUUUCCCACAUACAGAUUUUCGCAUUCAGUACCGCACGUUCAUGGUUGCAGACAUGCGCCAUUACCUACGAUCCCUGAUCACCGCAUUGAAUUCUGUCCAUGGGCAUGAGAUUCUCCACCGCGAUAUCAAGCCAACCAAUUUCCUCUACAACCCAGAUCUGAAAGAAGGCGUCUUGGUUGACUUCGGACUCGCUGAGCGCCAAGGCUCUGAAUACACGAGCCCAUGUCUUUGUACCCACCAGAGCUAUGUUCGCCGGAGUCGGAUCCUUUCUAGCUAUUACUCCAAAAAUCCUCCAGCUUCCGGAGUGUCAGCCGGAUACCCCAAAAACGAUUCACGACCCUCAAGGCGGGCAAAUCGUGCAGGAACUCGAGGCUUCCGAGCCCCAGAAGUUCUUCUGAAAUGUACUUCUCAAACAACAAAAAUCGACAUGUGGUCAGUAGGUGUCAUCCUGCUCACCUUGCUUGGCCGUCGGUUCCCUUUCUUCAACUCCGCAGACGACAUUGACGCCAUGAUUGAGAUGUCCAGCAUCUUUGGCACUCGGCGCAUGAAGACUGCUGCAGCCAUGCAUGGCCAGAUCUUCGAAACAAACAUUCCAACAAUUGGAGAAAAGGGCUAUAGCUGGGAAAAACUGGUAAAAUGGUCCAGCUGCGUGGAAGAUCUCACGGAAAGCGAACAGCAAGCAACACGUCUCUUGGCUGGACUCAUGGAAUUAGACCCAUCUAAACGGCUCAGUGCCGCGGAUGCCCUCCAGCAUGAGUUCUUCACAGAUCCCAUUCACCACGAUGUCGAGUGGGGUGGAAAUCCAGAAGAAAGCGCUGAUUCAGCUGAGGAGGAAGAGGAAGAUGAGGCCGAUGAAGUUGCCAUGCUAUGA